UCAAACUAGCGCUCGGGCCCAGAGGCACACAGCUAAAACAACAAACACAGAACUCAAAGAGUGUGUUUUAACUAGUGUUGUGUUUCAGAAUCUCAGAGGGACAGAACACAAUGCCUUCUCUGAGACCCACUUCAGUUCCAAUUCUCGUAUCUCUCUUCUUCUUAUUCCUCUCUUCAUGUUCCCAUGUCUUCCUCCACUCAACUCUCGCCGACGGCGUCACUCCCGAGGAGGCCAAGCAGCUGAGGGACGAGGUCAGGGAAAUGUUCUAUCAUGCAUUUAAUGGGUACAUGGACCAUGCUUUUCCACUCGAUGAAUUAAAGCCUCUUUCUUGUGGGGGUGAAGAUAGCCUUGGUGGAUAUGCCCUAACUUUGAUAGACGCUUUGGACACACUAGCUUUACUUGGUGAUCGAGACCGCUUUGCUGCCUCUGUUGAAUGGAUUAGUAAAAACCUUCAGUUUGACAUAAAUAAGACAGUAUCUGUUUUUGAAACUACCAUUCGAGUACUUGGGGGUUUGCUCUCUGCACACCUUAUAGCAAGCGAUUAUGCUACGGGCAUGCGAAUUCCAACGUAUGACAACCAGUUACUGAACUUAGCUGAGGAUCUAGGCCGACGGUUGUUGCCUGCAUUCGACACUCCUUCAGGAAUUCCUUUUGGAUCUGUCAAUUUGAGGCAUGGAGUUGAUGAACAUGAAAGCAAGAUUACAUCAACAGCUGGUGGGGGGACUUUGACUUUGGAAUUUGGAGUGCUUAGCCGCUUGACAAAUGAUCCCAUAUUUGAACAAGUUACCAAGAAUGCAGUGCGUGGACUUUGGGCUCGGCGUUCAAAGCUCAAUUUAGUUGGUGCCCAUAUUAAUGUUUUUACAGGUGAAUGGACACAGAAGGAUGCUGGAAUAGGAACUAGUAUUGAUUCUUUCUAUGAGUAUCUUCUAAAGGCUUAUCUAUUAUUCGGAGAUGAGGAAUAUCUGUACAUAUUUCAGGAAGCUUAUGCUGCUGCUAUGCGAUAUCUUUUCAAUGAUCCUUGGUAUGUAGAGGUAAAUAUGGAUUCUGCUGCUGUUGUGUGGCCAUUGUUUAACAGUUUACAAGCAUUUUGGCCGGGACUUCAGGUUUUAGCCGGAGAUAUAGAUCCUGCAAUUCGGACUCAUACUGCCUUCUUUAGUGUGUGGAAAAGAUAUGGUUUCACUCCAGAAGGUUUCAAUCUUGCUACAUUUGAUGUUCAGCAUGGACAAAGAAGUUAUCCACUGCGUCCAGAGUUAAUGGAGAGCACAUAUUGGCUCUAUAAAGCUACUAGAGAUCCCAAGUAUCUUGAUGCAGGACGUGACAUGGUUUCCAGUUUGCAGCACAGUGCACGGUGCUCCUGCGGAUAUUGUCAUAUCUCAGAUGUUGAGUUUCAUAAGCAGGAAGAUCAUAUGGAGAGUUUUUUUCUAGCGGAAACAGUAAAAUAUUUGUGGCUACUCUUUGAUUUGGCCGCUGGGCCUGAUAAUAUUGUUGAUAAUGGACCGUACAAGUACAUCUUUAGUACUGAAGGCCACCUAUUGCCUGCAACCCCUGAAAUAUCUUUGGUGCGGGAACAUUGCUCAUAUUUUGGGGCUUAUUGUAAUACUAGCAACAUUAGACAGGAUGGAUCAGAUGGUGCUACAAAUCCUCAAAUUAACCUGUAUGGAAGGGUUGGCACUGCAUUACCAUCUAACUCCCGUUAUUCUGAUUCAACUCCCGUAUCAGGAUUAAUAAAAGGGAUUUGCCCAGGACUGACUCAUGGGCAAAAGUUUGGUAUAUCAUAUAUAUUACCAAGCCACAGGCAUCAUCAGGAUAACUCUGGGAACCAAGGAGAACAAACUAAUUCUGAGAGUCAUUCAAUAGUGGUUGUCCAAAGCCAAAAUUCUGAUAGCUCAUCGUCAGAGAAUAAGAACUACCAUGAAAAGUUGGUGGAAUCGAGUGAGUAUGAACGAGCUAGUGAUCCAGCUAAGCUGUAUCUGCAUCUAUAAAGUGUCUAGUCCAGCAUGUCAAACUGAUUCGUCUGAAAAGUCAGGUGAAACUUGAAGCUUGGAACCAUGAGAUUCUCAGCUCCGGGCCUGUAAAUUAUGCGGCAAUUGUUACAGAUCUAGCAAGUAGCUUUAGAGUGGUAAUAUAAACAGGAGGACUGAGGUUUUACUGGUGAUUGCGAUGCUGGUAUUCUUUCCCCCAAGGCCUGUACAGCAUCGUCUGUGAAGCUCCAUGUAAGUUUGGCAUAGUUAGCAUAAUUAUAUACACCAUUGUUUUUUCUUGAUAGGUCUCAAGAGGUUUGAUUAUAAUAUGGGGUCAUCAGCUUAUAGAUGGAUGGGUUACUAGAAUAGUCACAUAUUCUUGUAGAUUAGAUUCCAAAUUAAUCAUUGUUUUACAAAGGUGCCAGACAUUUUUAC